AAAAUCUUUGAGUCACCCAAAGAAUAAAAAUAAUUUCUCACCAAAUAAUCCUCAAAGGAGAGCAGCCAAGAAAUCUUUCACCUGCUCAUCAGUGUGGAAAGAGUUUCACAUGUAAAAGAGAUCUUAAUAUACACAUGAGAUUUCAUACUGGAGAGAGACCUUACACAUGCCAUCAGUGUGGAAAGAGUUUCACACUUAAAGGCAGUCUUGAUAGACACAUGAGAGUUCAUACUGGAGAGAGACCUUACACAUGCCAUCAGUGUGGAAAGAGUUUCACACGUAAAAGCCAUCUUGAUACACACAUGAGAGUUCAUACUGGAGAGAGACUUUACACGUGCCAUCAGUGUGGAAAGAGUUUCACAUGUAAAAGAGAUCUUAAUAUACACAUGAGAGUUCAUACUGGAGAGAGACCUUACACGUGCCAUCAGUGUGGAAAGAGUUUCGCAAUUAAAGGCAGUCUUGAUAGACACAUGAGAGUUCAUACUGGAGAGAGACCUUACAUAUGCCAUCAGUGUGGAAAGAGUUUCACACGUAAAAGCCAUCUUGAUACACACAUGAGAGUUCAUACUGGAGAGAGACUUUACACGUGCCAUCAGUGUGGAAAGAGUUUCACACUUAAAGGCAGUCUUGAUAGACACAUGAGAGUUCAUACUGGAGAGAAGCUUUACACAUGCCAUCAGUGUGGAAAGAGUUUCACACUUAAAGGCAGUCUUGCUAGACACAUGAGAGUUCAUACUGGAGAGAAGCCUUACACGUGCCAUCAGUGUGGAAAGAGUUUUAUAAUCAAAGGCAAUCUUAAUAUACACAUGAGAAUUCACACUGCAGAGAAACCAUACAAGUGCUCACACUGAAAAUAGUUUCAAUCGGUCAGCAAACCUGAAAACACAUGAGAGAAUUCAUACUGGAGAGAAACCAUACAACUGCCCACAUAGUCACAGCAAGCAAGAAUCAUCUUCUGGUCCAAUGAUAUCAAGUAAAUAGUGAAUGUGUGAAUAAAGCAUAUGUGCCUCCUAACCAAACUAUUGCAUGUGCAGCCGUGUCUUAAGAUGAGACCAUCCUGCAGUGCAACGAAUGCAGUGUUAAAAUGACAUGAAAGUUAACAUCACUGAAUACUGACUAUUCACACAAUGCCUAAAUAAAUAAAACUAUAAAUAUAUAUAAUUGCUUAAAAACGUAAGUGUGUUCCAUAACUUACAUUUUCUUUAUUUCAUAUCUAUAAAAGUUUCCUAUCACAGGAUAUUUCUUUAUGACAAGAGGAAUGAGUGUUAUAUUCAUACAGAUAAAUACUGUAUUACGUUGAUUUUAUGUGCAACAAUGGUGAAUUAUCAGUAUCCCACAUGUGUGUACAGAUUCAGAUUAUACAUGCUAUUUCUGACCUGAUUUACAUCUGACAUUGUUAUUGGAUGAAGAAACAGAGUUCAAAUAAUGAAUCCUGUUGUAGAUUUUUCUGAUUUGUUGCAUUCUCUCUUUUAUAUAUGAAAAAUAAAACAAAUAAGAGUGGCAUAAAGUCAAUGUGAAAGACUGGUAGAGAGCAUGCCAAGACUGAUUGAAGAUCAGGAUUAUUCCAGCAAAUAUUGAUUUCUGAACUCUUUCUAAGUCAAAACAUUAGUAUUGUGUUGUUUAAAAAUGAAUGUGAACUUUCUUUGCAUUAUUGGAGGUCUGAAAACAUCUUUUUUGUUAUUUUGA